ACAAACAUAUUCAUUUUACGCCCCGCCCCCUUCCCAUUUUAGUAAUCAAAUUUCGCGUCAGUAUAGUUCCUAACGUUUCGUUGGAAGUCACGGCAGCACUGGCGUUCUACGAACCACCGCACUUUGAUACUAUAACGAUUUUACUGUUCUACAGUUAUUUACAAUUACAAACACUGGUUUGUUUAUUUUUAUUAAUAGACAGCUAAACAAUUACAUUUAAUUAAGUUCUUUUCAUUUUAAACACAUUUACUUCUAAUAUAACAAACUGUGUUUUUACAUUCACUCCACUUCUAUGCCCAAAGCGAAUAGGCAAGAAAUAUUAGUUGGCGGUGUUAAUCACAGAUAAAAUUAACAGCCGACCACAGAUAGCUCUGUUACUGCCAGGAUUGUAAAUUUAUAGACCAUCGUGCUGGACGGUGUGUGUUGGGUGAUUUCUACUUGAAUUCUGGUCGCUAUUGCUGUAGUGAGGGUGUGUGACAGUUGAGUUAUCAAGAAAGUGAUUAACAAGGACUUCUAUAACGUUCGUAGUGAAGUGUCAAUAUUAUUAACCAGACUAUUAUGGACUUUGAUAAUGACUAUGAAACACUUCCUACCCAAAACGUUGUGACCCAUAUGACGGCGGGUGCCAUUGCUGGUGUAAUGGAGCAUUGCGUUAUGUAUCCACUAGAUUCUGUCAAGACACGGAUGCAGAACUUGUCACCAUCACCCAAUGCUGCAUACAGAGGUGUGGGAGAAGCACUGUUUCGUAUGGUUAAAUAUGAAGGUGUGCUGCGGCCUGUACGUGGAAUGAGUGCUGUUGUGUUGGGCGCAGGACCUGCCCAUGCAUUGUACUUCUCAUGUUAUGAGUACAUAAAGAACACCCUCACUCAAGGAUCAACACGAACAAAUCAUUUGGCAUAUGGUGCAGCUGGAUGUGUAGCAACACUCCUACAUGAUGCUAUAAUGAACCCAGCUGAAGUGGUGAAACAGCGAUUGCAGAUGUACAAUUCACCAUACAAAUCUUUCUUGGACUGCAUAGUGCAGAUAUAUCGCUCAGAAGGAAUUCGUGCUUUCUAUCGUUCAUACACUACACAACUGACAAUGAAUAUUCCAUUCCAAAGUAUCCACUUCAUGACAUACGAGUUUGUUCAGAAUAUAACAAACGAGAAACGUUGCUAUAACCCCACUGCUCACAUGGUUUCUGGUGCCAUUGCCGGAGCAGUUUCUGCAGCUAUAACCACACCAUUGGAUGUCUGCAAGACAUUACUGAACACGCAGCCUGAGCAAGGACAGGGCACAGGUCUGAUUCAUGCAAUUCAGACAGUAUACAAGCUUGGAGGACCUUCGGGGUAUUUCCGAGGAAUGAGCGCUCGUGUUCUGUAUCAGAUGCCAUCAACAGCAAUAUGUUGGUCCAUGUAUGAGUUCUUCAAAUACUUUCUUACAUCCCGUGCUGGAGAUCAGGGUGACUCUGCAUUGAGAUUGGUGGUACCACAGGCAGCAUUAAUUGUUGAUGCCACCACUGGUGAUGAGCAGCGUCAGGACUCCAAGGCAAGCGGAGACACGUGGGAAGGUUGGGGUGCCACAGGAGGAUCAUCAGGUCCUGUCAAGACACCGAGAGAACUGCCAUCUGUCUCCGGAGUUGGGCUUUAUGGGGCGUUGUCC